AUUGAGCUCAUUCAUAUUGGAGCUCAGUCGUGCUUUUGUGUAUAUAAGAAGAGAGCAAAUUUGUUUCAAUUUUAUUUGCUGAUAUUUUGUAGUCUGAUUCAUUCAUAUUUUCAAUCUCGAAAGCGCUGAACAUCAAUUUUUCUUCAUAGAUUUUGUGUUCUGAAGAAAAUAAAAACUAAAACUAUGAAUUGGCUUGGAAAAUCGUUGACUGCAAUUCUGGAUUCUGAGCGCAACACCGAUUGUAAAUUUAUCAUCGAUGAUAAUGUUUAUUUAGGCCAUAAAUUGAUCUUCUCGUGUGCGUCGGAAGUUUUUGAGCGCAUGUGCUAUGGAAACUUUAUCGAGGGAACGACUGGAGAGAUUAAGCUAACAGACGUGGAGCCCGAAACUUUCGUAAUGUUUCGAAAUUUUAUCUAUAGCGGCGACUCGCAGAUACAUUGUAAUGACGUAGCACAAAUUAUAAAGCUACUCGAAUUCGGACAUAAAUAUCUUGUGAGCAGCAUUACGGACGCCUGCAUUGAGAAGUUGAAAAAUCGUUUAGAUCAAUGCAACAUUAUCGAACUUCUUGCCAUAUUUCAGUGCUCGCACGAACUUCAGAAUUUCUAUAAUGGACCCGGCAAAUCAAAGCUCAUCGAUUUUAAACGAAAGUGCAAGCUAAUGUAUUAUAUUGCAAAAGCCCGGAAUGUUAAUUUGGACUAA